GUUUUUUAUUCCUUCAAUUGUAUCCCUCAUUUCCCGUCUCUAAAUCAUCUGCAUUUCCCUCUCGGAAAGGGGUUACUACCCGGAAAAUGCAAAGGGGAAGAGGGGUUAGAGAUAAUUUCUUUGAUUUCGGGGAUCCUUUCUCUGGGUUUGGCGGCUUCGGUGGCCAUGGGAGUCUAAUAUCUAGCUUUUUUGGGGGAAGAGACCCAUUUGAUGAUCCUUUCUUUAGUCGUCCAUUUGGUGGCAUGUUUGGGCCCAGCAUGUUUGGCCCCAGUAUGUUUGGUCCCAGUAUGUUUGGUUCAGGAGGUAGCGUCUUUGGAGAUUCUCCUACAUCUGGGCUUAUCGAGCAUGAACCACCGCAAGUCAAUAAAUCAAAAGGGCCAAUUAUCAAGGAGUUAAACUCUGAUGAUGAGGAGGUAGAAGGAGAGGAAGCAAAAGAGAAAGCUUCUGAGAAGAAGAAAGAUAAUCCAAGGAAGCAUUCUAGGUCGAGUAAAGACCCAUAUGUUGAGGACCCCGAUGACGAAGCUGAAGUGGGUUUAUGUGCAGGGAGAAGGAGCAAACAUAUGCAGUACAGGAAUGACUAUAACAGGUUUGAUAGAACUCAACCUCAGGCUCGUAGUUUCAGCUUUCAGAGCACUACUGUUACUUAUGGUGGUGCUGAUGGGCCAUAUUAUACUUCGUCUAAAACCAGGAGGACUGGCAGUGAUGGAGUGAUGAUAGAAGAAAGCAAAGAAGCAGAUACAACAAGAAGUCAAGCAAAACACAGGAUAUCUAGGGGACUUCACGAUAAGGGUCAUUCAAUUACGAGGAAGCUUAAUUCUGAUGGUAAGGUGGAUACCAUGCAGACCUUACACAAUCUGAAUGAAGAUGAGCUUGUGGGAUUUGAGGAAGCUUGGAGAGGGAAUGCUAGAAAGCACUUGCCUGGAUGGAAUGAGAGAUCGAAUAUGCACGGGGACAUAGGGGCUAGCAGCAGUGGACAAGGCCAGGCAACAAAUGGUGGAUGGGCUCUUCCAUCAACUGGGCAGCAGCUACCUCAGGGUUCUGAGAGGAUGAGAUUCGGUGGCGGCAGUGGCGGGGUCAGGACAAGCACCUCCAAGAGAAGGGCUAAGCCAUUUACCAGGAUUAAUAUAGAUUAAAGCAGGAAUUCCUCUCAGAAGUUUCAGGAUUGUAGUUGCUAGUAAAUUUCCAGCUUUUAAUUUCAUUGUUAUA